CGUCCCCUCAGAGCUCGGCGCCGGCCGCUAUGGCGGCGCCCGGGCCGCGGAAGCGCAGCGGCCCCGCGCUGUGCGGGGCGGGCUGGGUGCGGGGCCCCGCUCCGGCCGCGCCGCUGGGCAACGGCGUCCCGCCUCACAAGCGCCCCAAGGGGCCGGCGGCGGGCGGCGGCGAGGCGCCGGAGGACCCGUUCGGGGACGGCGACGACUUCACGGCGGACGAGCUGGAGGAGAUCGAGACGCUCGCCUCGCAGGCGCUGUCGCAGGACGCGGGGCGCGGCUGGGGCGGCCGGGCCGGGCCGCGGGGCAGGGCUGCGGGGCAGGAGCCCGCAGCAGGGGGCGGCGCGGAUACCGGGCUGCCGAGGGACGCGUUCCGCUACGAGGUGCUGCAGACACAGCACGAAGAGAUCCGGCACAAGCUGAAAGAAAUGCAGGAUGAAAUUCUAACUAAAAAUGGAGAAAUUAAAAUUUUGCGCGACUCAAUGCAGCAGAUGGAGUGUGCUAUGGAGGAACAGAAAAAAUCAUACAUGCUGUUGGAACAGCAAAAAUCUCAGACCCUAAAGGAAAAAGAAAAAGAGUUCUCCAAAAAGAUACUGUCCUUGCAGUCAGAGUUGCAGUUCAAAGAUGCAGAAAUGAAUGAACUAAGAACGCGACUUCAGAACUGUGAGAGAAACAAACAUGUUACUCAAACAGUUUUAACACCAAGCCCUAAAAAGAAUUCUGCAAUCCAAGUGAAAUCAGAAGGAUGUUCUCCACAGUCUGGAAGAAGAUCUUUUCCUACAAAAGAGUCUUUCGGCGCUGACACAUCUACUAGACCAUCUUCUUCAAGAAAGUUGUUUGCCCAGGCUGCUUCUAUCAAAGAAGAUAGUAAGAUACCCCAUCCUGAAGUUUUAUCCAUGAAGAAUGAAACGGAGGGAAAAAACGGUUCCUAUAAAUCUGUACAUAAACGAAACACGCAAGGUUCUAUCUUACUGAAUGCACUGAUGAAGCAACCCAUUGUCCCUGGGUCUUUACUAGGUCUUUGCCACCUUCUUAGCAGUAACUCGGAGACCCUACAAGGAGCUAUGUUGCAGUCUAACCUUCUGGAUACGAAGCCGACACAAAUACCCAGCAUCAGGACAACUCAGGAAGAAAUUGCUCCUCUUGUAUCCCUGCGAGAAGCUCAAAAACUUGCAAUAACAGGAUUGAACUUGAUUGCUAUGGAUGAAGGGUCAGCUGAAGGAAGCCUAGCAGGAAGUGGGAGAGAGUUCUUGCCCCUCAAACGUUGCAAGAUCCGAGGCGCUGUGCAUCUCUUGCCCUUGGUGGAGCACCACAUUGGUGCAUACUGUCAAGCAGUACAAUUGGCGGACAAGGCAGUAAAUGGUUCUUGUGGAAACCACUCAGUUGUUUCUUCUCGAACCAGCACAAAUAUGGUAUCAAGUAAGGAGGACUUCAGGUCGUCUCUUGAAGAAACAACAGUUAUAUCACUGGGUAUUCUUUAUUAUUUGGCAUUUUAUAGCUGGGAUGUUGUCCACAUAUUGCUGUCUACUGAAGUAGAAGAAGGUUCUACUGUUGGAGAUGAACAGAUUUCCAAGAUGGACAAAGAUGUGUUGUGUGAUAAUAAAGAAGACACCAGGACACAAGGAGGGCUGCCUGAAGCUUCACAGGAUGUCCCUAUUAACGAUCGAGCUCAACAUUCUUUGUUCAGAAAGCUGAUUCAGGUUUUAGAUUUUUCUACUACAACAGGCUCCCAGACUGAUAACAUACUAAAGCAAAGCCUGAAAGUUUUGGUAAAAUUAGCUGAAAAUUCAACAGUGGACUUGCUAAUAAAUUUUCAGCACUUACUGAGUAGCCAGAUACUGCUCCGUUGUCUGUGUCCCGAGAUCCCUUUGCAUGCUGUCCUUUUGACCGUGAAACUGUUGUGUAUACUUGCUCAACACCACAUGUUGGUCGCUCAGCUUUGUUCUCAUUCAGAUACCUGCCUUCUUCUUGCACUGUACAUGUAUAUCACAUCAAGGCCAGAUAAAUCAGCAUCUGAAGUGCUUUGGCUUCAGCUGGAACAAGAGACAGUUAGACUCCUGACAAAGUGUACACGGUGUUCCAGGCCAGCAAUUUUACUACCUGGUACAGACUGCCAGUGUAAUCCUGAGGUGGUUAAGGCACUAAUUGUAAUGUUACAUAGACAGUGGAUGAAGAUGAGAAGAUCUGAUAGCGGCUUGUGUGCGCAUAAGGAGCAAAUUAUUCAGUUUUUACGAGAUGCUGUUUUACUCUUACACAGCCUAUCUCAGAAAGAUAAACUGUUUCACGAACACUGUUUGGAAGUACUCCAUCAGUAUGACCAAGCUAUGCCAGGCAUAAGAGCCAUUCUCAAAAAAAAUCAAAAAUUGAGUGCCUGUGAAGAGCUGAUGUUAGAUGAAUUGUAUCCUCCUGAGCCAGAAGCAGAAGAUCAGGGAAUGGACUGCAGUUAGCUGAUGUUUACCAAGGGUCUCUCUCCUUCCUUAUUUAAAUCAUAAUAAUCAGUGACAAUCUGAAAAUUAAAUAAUCUGUUUUAUUAAAUGAUAAUACAAACAAACAAAAAUGUA